ACACGACUGUUUGGUUGUGUCUUCUACCUUGGUUUGGCACGAGGCCCAUCUAAGCCUCUUCCGAUCUGUGGAUCACGGAACCCGGCUGUACAACGCAACUCCACGUCGAGCGAUGCUCUACCCGCAUUUGGGUGUCAAACCACAACAACCACGAUACUCCCCAAAGGGCCGCACCAAAAAUGUGGACGCGCACAUCGCUGAAAUUUUGGGUUUGAGGAAGGUGGAUAAAAGCGCGACGACACAGCUGCGCGAAUUUUCAGAUAAGCUCAACUCUCUACGUGCUUUAAAAUCGAUGGGCAGUGUGGAACAGAUCGCCGGCUGCGUCAUAGUACACACGUUGCUGCAAAAACUAGAUAGCGCUACGCAAGCUAGCUGGGAGGAUGAUGCGCCGUUGGACGUCAUACCAUCAUGCGAGCGGUUUACAACCUUCAUCGAGAGGCGUUGCCAAAGGCUGGAAAAUGCGGAUCACGCUACGACAAUGUACACGCCUAGCUCCCAUGUGGGCCAGAACAACAGUGCAUCUCAAGCACGAUGUUGUCCUGCUGCCGUCAUCAACGUGAAAAAUCGCGCUGGCUCCUUGGUGCCCUGCCGUGCGUUGCUCGACUCUGGGUCGCAGUUGCACAUCAUCACCUCUCGUCUUGCUCAUCAGCUCCAGCUGCGCAAAUUCAAGUCAACAGCAAUCGUCUCUGGCAUUGGUGAUGCAGCAUUUGCGUCCGAUGGUUUUUCGGUCAACAUCAUUGUCAAAUCUCGAGUGUCGGAGUACUCCACAUGCAUCCCGGCCUUGAUUGCACCAUCCAUCACCGAUAAUCAGCCUGGCUUCACUCUUGACCCUGCAUCAUGGAACAUUCCAUCAAAUAUACAACUAGCUGAUCCUGAAUUCCUUAAAUCUCAGCAAAUCGACAUGUUGAUUGGAGCCAGUCUGUUCUUCGAUCUGCUAUGCGUCGGCCAGAUUAAACUGGCUGCUGGACUGCCGAUAUUGCAAAAGACUCGCCUUGGUUGGGUGGCUACGGGAGGUGCUUCACAUGCAGGAAAAUCAUCAUUCAUGGCCAUGAUGGUGAAACCAGAUCUGCUGGUUGACUCACAUCUGCAUCCGAAUGCACAGAUUGAUGAAUUAAUCCGUCGUUUUUGGGAAUUGGAAUGCUGCACCGAGCCUGAGUCCUUACCAAACAAGGAGGAACGCGACUGUGAGGCACUCUUUCAGGCCAAUUUCAAACGUCUGUCGACUGGCGACUAUUCAGCGGUUCUUCGAUUCCUGAACUUAGAAAGAAAACUAGACCGCAAUCCAGCUUUGAAAACCCAGUAUGCAGCAUUUAUCAAGGAAUAUCUUGACUUGGGUCACAUGUCACUUGUUACCUCAGCUGCACUGGGCCAAUGCAAGUACUACCUGCCACAUCACUGCGUGCUGAAGGAGGAUAGCACUACAAUCAAGCUAAGGGUCGUGUUUGAUGGCUCGGCAGUUACUACCUCUGGACACUCGCUGAACGAUGCACUGAUGGCAGACACCGUCACCUACGGCACAAAACCAGCAUCGUUUCUCUCAGUGCGAGCUAUGCACCAACUGGCCAUGGAUGAGCAGAAAACUUUCCCUAUUGGCUCUGACAUUGUUAAAAGAGAUUUCUCCGUGGAUGAUCUCAUUUCUGGUGGUAGCUGUGUUCAAGAUGCGAUUGAGAUAUUGAAGCAAACAUCUGGACUACUCGCCAAGGGGAACUUUAGGCUGCGAAAAUGGUGUUCUAGCGACACAGCUGUACUCCAAAACAUACCGGAAGAGGAUAGAGAAACGCUGCUUAAGUUUGACGAUGGCAGUGACAUCACGAAAACGUUAGGCCUCGAUCUCUGGAGAGAAAAACUGGACUGGGAUGAGAGCCUGCCCGUACACUUAAGCACAGCCUGGGUCAACUUCUGCGCUGAUUAUGAGUAUACUCAGCAAUUCCAGUAUCCCCGUCGAGCACUCUCACCAGACAGUACAGUGGAAAUUCACGGAUUUUGUGAUGCCAGCCUAAGCGCUUAUGGAGCAUGCGUCUAUACAGUCUCAAAGUGCCAUGGCAACACCAGCGUGCGUCUCUUAUGCUCCAAAUCGCGUGUCGCGCCUGUGAAAACCAUCACUGUACCAAAGCUGGAACUCUGCGGAGCUGCAUUAUUGGCUCAACUUCUCAGCGAAAUAUGCCAAAUGAAAGUGUUCGACUGUCGGUAUUACUGUUGGUCAGACUCUGCCGUGACUUUGGCUUGGGUUCGCAAUGAUGCUUCGAAAUUCAAUGUUUUCGUUGCCAACCGAGUCGCAGCCAUCCAAGAGCUCACCACUGGAAUGGAAUGGCAUCAUAUUCCCACUGAAUUAAACCCGGCGGAUAUAAUUUCACGGGGAGCGCUGCCUAGUGAGCUCUUCCGGUCUCCAUUAUGGGCCAAUGGUCCGAGUUUUCUCAGUAAGGGAAAGGAAGAGUGGCCUGCCUCCUGUGUACCUGGCCAAUCCUUACCAGAACUUCGACACAAGGUACUGCUCGGAACUGCAGCGCAACCUGAUCUCUCGAUCGGCUGCAAGUUCAUCAAUUCGUUUUCCAAGCUGCAGCGGGUCUUUGCUUAUGUUUACAAAUUUGUAAAUUGA